GAUAAGACUUGCGCUCCUAAUCUGGGAAUGGACUGUUUCUUUGCGCGGAAACUUCGGCGAUGGGCCACACUACUGCGUACUGUCGUCAGUCUGUCGAACUAAGCUUGAGUCGCACAUGAGACUUUUUUAGUCUAGGUUAUAUUCAACUGACUCAUCUAUUUAGUCUUACUAAGCACGUUCUCUCUGAGGUGGGCCCAAAUGCCGUUACUGCGGAAUCUAUGUAUAAAUAUUCUUUUGAGGAAUAAAUCUUUUUUUGCGAACGAAUUGUAUGAUAAUCUUUCCCUAUCAUCCACUGAUCUACCGAGAUAAGUUCUCCACGCCUGGAGACAGCCAAGCUCAAUCCAAGUUAUGUCUCAUCUUACAUAUACAACUUACGAGGGCUACGGAGAAAGAGCCAAGAAGAAUCUUUGGUAUAGCCAGGCAGUACGUGUAGGAGAUGUUAUUGAGUGCUCGGGCCAAGGCGGUUGGGAUCGUGAGACAGACAAGAUAGACCCAAACAUCGUGGUACAAAUCGAAAAAGCUUUUGAGAAUGUGGACCACACACUUAAGCUUGCCGGCAGUCGCGGUUGGGAAGACGUUUUCUUCCUCAGGUCUCAUCAUCUCCCAUGUAACAAUGAGGCUAUGGAAACUAUGGUUCGGUGUCUGAAACAGUACUGCCCAAACCACCAGCCUACGUGGACAUGUCUGGGAGUUCCUCGACUGGCAUUUGACGAAAUGAGAGUGGAGAUUGAAGUGCGGGCCCAUGUGAAGGCUACAUAAAUACUAAAUAAACAUUACUCGACCUCAUCGAAACAGUUGAAACAAACCAUGACGUUUGUCUUAUGACAGGACAUAAU